UUCAGAAACACGGUGACACGGAAACUCAAAAGUCUUUAUAUUUUGUUAACUCGGUUUAGUCUUUUGUGGGCCUCUUCACCUUUUUUAUGUGUGGCUAUUAUAGCAUCUUCUAUUUUCUUCAUCAAUCUUAAAUUCACAAUAAUAAUCUCCAAUUCUCUCUCUCUCUCUCUCUCAAUGAAAAACAGAUACACCAAAACAUGACAAGCAAAGAACAACCUAAGACAGAGUGUUGCAUGUGUGGGGAUUUUGGCUUCUCUGAUCAACUUUUUAAAUGCAAAAUUUGCCAAUUCAGAUCUCAACACAGAUACUGCAGUAAUUUGUACCCAAAAACAGAGUCUUUUACAAUAUGCAACUGGUGUUUGAGUCAAAAAGAGGAUUCGCCAAACUCAUCAAAUUCAUCUUCAUCUUAUAAGAACAACGGAAGCACAGAGGAUGAAGGAAAGAACAAGAGAAUCAAAAAUUGUAUCCCAAAAAAGGGACUAAUUAGAGGAAAUAGUGGUGGUGUUGGUGUUUUACAUCUUCAACUUCAGAAACCUUUGAUGCAGAAACCAAAAUCACCAUCAGAAGCAAAAUCACCAUUGGCAUCAACAUCUCCAUCUGUUUUGGUUUCAACUCGCAAGAGAAUUAUUACAAACGGUGCUUUGGAAGAGAAAUUGAGAAGAACAAGAUCAGAAAAUAUUAUAAAUAGUGGCAAUAGAGUUGGUGCUACCAAACAAGUUUUCAGGAAUAAGGUUAGAAGGUACAAGCUUUUGGAUGAAGUUUCAAGUUAAAAUUAAAAGGAAUAAAAUGUAGUUUUUAAUUGGAAAGAGAAGAGAGUUUUUUGAGAGAUGAAUGAAUCAUCAUAUAAGAAAGAAAAGAAAAGGGUUAUCUUUUUUUUUUUUUUUAUUAUAUAUAUUUUAAGUUUUGUCCUAAUACAAUGUACAGAACAAAUGUGAAUAAAUGUAGUUAAAAAUGUUUAGAUUCUCUAA